AGUGCCCUCAGUCAUGGCUGCUGGGAAGAAAACGCGUGUGGAGAAGACGCAGGCCGGUCCUCUGAGUCCGCCCGAGUACCGAGCCAUCCCCAUCCAGUUCUCCCCGGAGCGGGCGGCCUCCCACUUCCUGUAUGUCAAAGAACACCGAGUCCGUCCGGGCACCGGGUCCGCCUGGCCUCCCGGCCGCACGCUCUUCGUCCUCAACGUCCCCCCAUACUGCCCAGAGGAGCGCCUGGCCCAGCUCUUCUCCGACUGCUGCGGACCAGUCCAGACCGUGAAGCUGCACCCAAAGCCGGACCUUUCCCAGCCUCCCCCGGAGCCCCUGACAGCCACAGCCUCCGAGCUUUUCUGUCCAAAGCCUGUGCCAGGCUUCCAGGUGGCGUACUUGGUGUUCAAGAAGCCGGCGUCCAUGCAGAAGGCCAUGGCCCUUCCAGGGCCUCUGAUCAUCUCUACUGAGAGCCACCCAGUGAAAACUGGCAUUGAGAAGUGGAUAGCGGACUACACAGCUUCUUUGGGGGACCCUGAGGCCCUCAGGGUGGAGGUGGACAAGUUCAUGGAGGAAUACGACAAGAAGGUGGCCCAGGAGGAUGCCCGGGCUGAGGCAGAGGAAGGUGUCCCCGAUGAAGAAGGCUGGGUGAAGGUGACCCGCAAAGGCCGGAGGCCUGGCCUGCCCCGCUCCGAGGCUGCCAACCUGCGGGUGCUGGAGAAGGAGAAGCGCAAGAAGGCCCGCAAGGAGCUGCUCAACUUCUAUGCCUGGCAGCACCGAGAGACCAAGAUGGAGCACCUGGCCCAGCUGCGGAAGAAGUUUGAGGAGGACAAGCAGAGGAUCGCCCUGAUGCGGGCCCAGCGCAAGUUCCGCCCCUACUGAGGAGAUGGGUCUGUGGCGCCCCCCACCGGGCUGGGAGGCCAAGAAGGAAGCAGAUGGGCCCAGAGGGGAGCUGCAGGAGCCCCGGCACCCGGCGCAGGGGCCCCAGCUUUCUUGGGGGCCCUCACCAAGCUGUGCCCAUUGUCUGGAGGAUGUAAAUAAAGGACAGACUGACUGCAAGCUGGUCCAUCUGCGUAGUCCCCUGAGGAUCCCUGGC